AUGAUCACAAAAUUCCUGUCCCUGCUUUGCCUCGGGCUUUGUCUGGGCAAUGAAGAUGAGGAAAAGAAUGGGAGCCAAGAGGAAAGCAAACCUGCCUCUUCACAGAUAGACACCAGGGUUGUCUUCGUGGCCACCUUCAGCUGCCUCUCCCUCUUUCUCCUCUUCCUCGCCAUCUUCUUCAUCUACAGGUGCACUCAGCAAGAUUCAUCACAGGAAGAAUCCACCAAGAGAACCUGCCAUUCCAAAGUGCACAAGCAGAGGAAUGCAGAUGCACCCAUGAUGGAAAGGAUAUCUGAAUCGCCUGAAGAGCCCGAUGGGGUGACCUACGCCCAGCUAAACACCACAGUGCUGUCCGGGGCAGCUUCUGUCCCUGCCGAGGAGACCCCAAGUUCUUGUGACUACAUAACGGUGAAGGUGUAG